AUGGAGCUGAAGAAAAUCGCAAUCCUCGGGCCUGGAGGAAAUGUGGGAAACUCCACCAUCACCGAACUCCUCAAAGACGGCCAACGUUUUGAUAUCACGGCUAUCACUCGUCAGACCUCGACAUAUACACCACCUCCAGACUCCACCAUCAUCCACAAGCAAGUGGAUUAUACAUCCCUAUCCUCGCUUGUGGAAGCUUUCAGUGGCCAAGAUGCAGUUGUAAACUGCAUCACUGGGGGAGCUACGCACUACGAGCCCUCGAAACUCAUCAUCGACGCUGCUAUAGCAGCCGGAGUGAAGUUCUACUUUGCAAACGAGUUUGUCGGACACAUCAUGAGAGAGCAGUUCAAAAGAAUGCCCGAGGCGUUUGUCGGCGCGAAGAUCCGCAUUCGAGAGUAUCUGGAAGAGCUGGGAAAGGAUGGCAAAAUUGCGUGGACAAGUUUGACCGGGGGGCCGUUCUUCGAUAUGUGGCUGAUGAAGGGACCAGCGGGCUUCGACGUUGCCAACCGCCGAGCCCGUAUCUACGGCACGGGAAACAACAAUCUUUGUUGGACGCCCCUAUCCACCAUGGGUCUUGCGGUAGCAAACAUGCUGCGACAUCCCGAACCUAUCAUCAAUCGCCCGAUAUACAUCUUUCCCUUCCCAAAACUCAGCCAAAACAUCAUCCUAAGUACGCUCGAGUCUGUCCUCGGCACCAAGUUUACCGUGGAGAAUGUGGAUGUGAAGAAGAUCAACGAAAAUUCUAGGCUGGCUCUCGAAAAGGGAGAGGCCGCGAAGGCUAUGAAGGGGCUUGCUGUGAGCAACCAGUUCUUCGAGGGGGACAGCGGGAAUGAUUUCAGGGAUUUGGUGGAGAACGAGACGGUUGGUGUGGAGACGAUGAGCGUGGAGGAUGGUGUUCGAGCUGCGAUUGCGACAUGGGGUGAAGAUUUUCCUGUUGUGCAGGGCAUGUUCAGAGUUGAGCCUUGCGAGGUUUGAAGUUGUGGGAGUAAGGGGGCUAGAAAUGUGAACAGCACGCUUGGAAACAUUUAAUAUCGCAGGAUGAGUGUAUCCCUUGCUCUUCAGUCUCUAGAAAUAUAGAGUCUAUCGGC